GCAAAACAUGGCGUCGACCAAACGAGUGCUUUAUGUUGGUGGUCUAACAGAGGAGGUUGACGAAAAAGUCCUGCACGCAGCAUUCAUUCCAUUCGGGGAUAUCACAGAUAUUCAGAUUCCAAUUGACUAUGAAACCGAAAAGCACAGAGGAUUUGCCUUCAUUGAAUUUGAAUUGGCAGAGGAUGCUGCUGCUGCUAUUGAUAACAUGAAUGAGUCAGAGUUGUUUGGAAGAACCAUUCGGGUAAACAUUGCCAAACCUAUGAGGAUCAAAGAAGGCUCUUCUCGUCCAGUUUGGUCCGAUGACGACUGGCUGAAGAAGUUCUCUGGAACAACCACGGAAGGGGCUGAGGUGUCGGAGUCCACGGGAGAGUCUGCCAAAUUAACUGCAGCAGAUGGUGAGCCUCCAGCCAAGAAGGGCAGAACCAACCCCCAGGUUUACAUGGACAUCAAGAUUGGCAACAAGCCGGCUGGGAGGCUACGCUUCCUGCUCAGAGCGGACAUCGUUCCCAUGACAGCAGAGAACUUCCGCUGCCUUUGCACACAUGAAAAGGGUUUUGGCUUCAAAGGCAGCUGUUUCCACCGUGUAAUCCCACAGUUCAUGUGCCAGGGAGGAGACUUCACCAACCACAAUGGAACUGGGGGCAAGUCCAUUUAUGGGCGCAAGUUUGACGACGAGAACUUUGUUCUCAAACACACUGCUGCAGGUCAGCUCUCCAUGGCCAACUCUGGAGCAAACAGCAAUGGCUCUCAGUUCUUCAUCACCUGUGACAAAACAGAUUGGCUGGAUGGCAAGCAUGUGGUGUUUGGAGAGCUGAUGGAGGGCAUGGAGGUGGUUAAAGCCAUGGAGGCUCAAGGAACAAAAGAAGGCAAGCCCAAGCAGAAAGUGAUCAUUUCAGACUGUGGGGAGUAUGUUUGAGUUGAAGCAUAGAAUAGGUCUGCGUGUGUGCCCGUCUGCGUGUCCGCGUCUGCGCGCGUGCAUGUGUUAUAUGCUGUACAUGGAUUCCACCUGUUAGUCCAACCCUUUAUGUGAUGUAAAUAUUACAAUAAACACUUUUUUAUAAC